AUGGACACUGAAGACGAGAGGGAGGAAGAGUUGUCGACCAUCUCGGCCAUUUACCCCGAGCUUCUCGUUGACCCAAAGGACNCCCUUGCCGCUUCCUUACAUCUCCCCGUCAACCCCUCGAGUCCUCUCGCUUUGCGCUUUCCCUCAGCGCCACCGCCAUCUCCACCAGACUCGGAGAAUGGCCACUUCAAGAACUCGUCUUUCGUACCCCAUUUCGAUGAAACCUAUCGUCUCGAACAUCUACCGCCUCUCCAACUGAAGCUCUCCCUCCCCGAAGGGUACCCUGCCGAGAAGCCGCCAACCAUCGUCCUAUCUACCACACCACAAUGGCUCCCCGACGACAAACUGAAAGAGUUGGAGCGUGAAUGCGAGAAGCUGUGGGGUGAAUAUGGUCGCUGCCAGAUUCUCUUCUCCUACAUUGACUUCCUACAACAACAAGCCGAGCAGGCUUUUGAUCUAGAGGCUACUGGUCUCGACCUGCCACCGUCCUUGAAGCCUGCUUUGCUCGAAUACGACACUAGCACCAAGAAGGCUACCUUCGAUGCUGGCACCUUCGACUGCGGCAUUUGUCUCGAGCCCAAANAAGGUUCUUCUUGCUAUCGCAUGCGUCGCUGUGGUCACGUCUUCUGCCAGACUUGUUUGCAAGACUUUUAUAACAACUGCAUCACCGAGGGCGACGUUGGAAGAGUGCAAUGUCUAGAUCCUACCUGUGGCAAGGACGCGCCGCCCGGUCAGAAAAAGAAGAGGAGAAAGGAAAAGACAUUACAUCCGAAAGAGCUGCUUGAGAUGGGUCUUGAAGAGUCCAUGAUACGUCGUUAUGUCGACAUGAAGCGCAAGAAGAAGCAGGAAGCCGACAAGACAACCGUCUACUGCCCACGUACCUGGUGUCAAGGUCCUGCUCGUAGUGAAAAGUACCCGCCUAUCCCUCAAGAUCUCUCAACGUACCCGGAGUCAUCGAGCGAAGAUGAAGACGACACUGGGACGGAGACGAAGAAGGGUCACUCUCCCUCUGAUCGACUAUCUAUCUGCAGCAAAUGCAGUUUCGCCUUUNGCAAAACCUGUUAUGCAGGUUGGCAUGGCGAUUUCGCUCGUUGCUGGCCUCGCAACCCAUCAGAACUGUCAGAGGAGGAGAAGGCUAGCUACGACUACAUCCGCACGCACACCUCACCAUGUCCCACUUGUAGCAGUCCUACGCAGAAAACUAUGGGUUGCAAUCACAUGCGCUGUAUUCAAUGUGCCACCCACUUCUGCUACUUGUGUGGUGCAUGGCUAUGCCCCGACAAUCCUUAUCAACAUUUCAACAAGCCUGGCACAGAAUGUUAUCAAAAGCUAUGGGAGCUGGAGGAGGGUGACGAAGGUCAGGAGGCUGCUUUUGUCGGUGCGAGGCGUUGGGAGCAAGAGGCUCUUGCAGUGGCCCAGGCUGCAGACAGAGAAGAAGNNCAGAGGCUCUGCAACGAGAGGGAAGACGAGGCUGCAGCAAGAGCGCUUGCAGAACAGCUCGAUGCUCAGGAUGACGCUGCAGCCAUCGCUCAGCCCGCCCAAGACAACAAUGCUCAACCUGCAGCAGCAGAGGCCGCACAACAGCCAGCACGCAGAGGUGGCAGACGCGCACGAGGUGGAAGAGUGGCUGCUUUGGACGGAAGAAGAGCAGGUCCUGCACCCCAACAACAGCAAGUCCCUGCAAACCAGCAACAGAUCGACGCAGCAGCUGCAGCUGCAUUCAGACGAUUUGUCGAGCUGGCUGUGCGCGAUGAGGAAGACGGAUGGGAUUCUGAUGAGUUGGAAGACGAUCAAGAUGAACGUUGGGUCAUUCCUGUCCGGCGAUGA